AUGUCUGCUAAAACUUUCGGCCGCGCUUUGAGGACACGGAGGGCUUCGGUUCACGAUGUCUGCCACUCCAGUCUUCUAUCGACGACUUCAAUAACACGGCCUACUCUUUGUUCAUGUGAUAUAAAUACGACUUCAUCAUCUUCAUCUUCAUCAUCUUCAACCCGGGAAUUCUCGACAUCAUCGUCCCUCUCCGCCUCGAAACAAGCUAUCCGCGAACAAAGAAUCGCAAAAACUCCCCUCCCUUUCUUCCCCAAAACCUACAAUCAACCCCUCGAUGCCUUAAUGCACUCCGUCCACCGUGACCAAUUCCUCAUCGAUCACCUCCCAGACCACUACCAACGUCUCGUAGUCCGUACAAAGCGUCACCACGUCCUAGCCCAACAAGCCGGCCAACAAGCCUUUGCUAGAGGAACGAACCCUUCAAAUGCCACUUUAACAAUCACUUUAAACGGCCAAACCCUUCCUUUACGUCCUCUGAAACACCGAACCCUCCACGGUUCAAAAACACUAACUCGAGCUCUAAAUCUAAUCAAUUCACCAUCCGAAUACGAUCUAUUACCAGGAUUAGUCCAGGGUUUUGGAUCUUCAAAGAUUCAUAUCGAUCCCGGACAAUGGAAGAAUCUUAUCCGACAGUGUGGAUUGGCGGGUAGACCUGGUGUUGCUAUCAAAAUAGCCCACGACGGGAUAGUUUUCCGUAAAAAUGGGUUCAGUUAUACUCAGGGCUCCCUAAGAGAAAUGGUUCGAGCACAAUUCGUUCGGUUCUUGAUUCCCGAAAAAUCCCAUGCUGAGAAAUCGGUUAGGCGGGCUAGGGGGGUGGUUAGUUUGGCCGGACGCUGGAAAGAACAAUAUGAUGACGUUAGGAGGAAGAAGAGAACGGAAGAACGUGCUCCGGAGUGGUUGGCUGUCGAUCCAGUUGUUCGAGGUUCCUUACUAUUCUUACAAGCAGGGAAGGUCGUCAGAUGGGAUGAAGGCAAAGAAACCAAUCUCGAAAAAGGAGGGGUUGUGGCCGAUAUCAAAUCACUCAUGGAAUGUUGGGAUCUGGCCGCUGCAGAGAUUGAGUUGAUCAACAAGGAACUCCAGGAAGCCCCCGAGACCACAAAGAAUACGGAGGACAGAGCGGCAUAUGCUAUCGCUCGAGAGGCGAUUAGGGAUUGGGAACCUGUAUUGCAGGGGUUACAAUGGGCACAGUCGGUUAUGCAUAAAACCGGCUUGAAGGAUGUGACGAUAGGGACUUGGUUGCCUGCGGCUAGUACAUUGGUUUCUGGAGCGAUCAACCAAUGGAGACCCGUAGCUGUUAGUCACGGGAAGGGAAAGAGAAUUGGGAUGGAGAUUUAUGAAGGGGCGUAUGCAGACCUCGACGGUUGGUAUGAGAAGGAUUUGGAAGGGAAGGAUGAGAAUGUGGUAAAGGAUAGGAUCGUUCUGGUGGAGAAGAGCGAGGAUGAGGAGUAA